CAGGUUUCAUAUUGCAGACUUUGGAAGAUUGGAAAAGUACAACACGGUGAAGAUCUGUGUUUACAGCAAAGAAUGUUUCGGGAUGAAGCCUUUGUUACUUCUGCUGCAUCUGACAGUCUGUGGACUCACUCCGUGUUUUCUCUGAUCCCAACAUGGAUGAAGAGAGCUCUAUUUAAACGUGCUGCACCCCAAUCCCAGUCCAGAGCUGUCAUCUCUUCUUCUCCUGGAGGUGUGACGUUCCAGAAAUGUGCAACAAUAAGUGACCAGAAGACUGCUUCCAUCACAUUGCUCACAAACAACACUGGGGUGUCAUCAUCAGCAAUGAACCUGUCCAGUCUCAGUCUUUCAGAUAACAUCACCAGCCUGCUCAUCCAGCACUCCAGCUAUAACAGCAGCAGUUCGAUUGCCGGAAUGCAGAUUUUCAGAAAAGAAUCUCUUGCAGCUGGAGAUGCCUUCCUUGUAUCAUACACGGCGUCG